AUGAAAUUGUUGAACGGGUCUCGCCCUACAUCACGAAAGAACUCACGUUCUGGAGAAGACUCCAUUGAGCCAGGCCUGCAUGUUGCAAUUGCCCUGCACUUCCUUGCAACUGGAGAAUCCUACAAGACCCUGGCGUUCCAAUUCCAAGUAGCUGCCAACACAGUCUGCAGUAUUGUGCCUGAAACUUGUAGAGCCAUAGUGACAGUGUAUGGAGAUGAGGUGGUGCAGUUACCCCCGACCCCAGAGCAAUGGAAGGAAGUAGCCAGUGGUUUUGAAGAACGUUGGAAUUUCCCACACACCCUGGGAGCAGUAGACGGGAAACACAUCAGAAUCCAGAACCCAGAGAAAGGCGAGGGAAGUUGGGAAAGCAAUGGAAGUGGAGAAUGA